ACAGGUUCAUAUAACUUAUGUUAUUUGCCCAAAAUACCACUUUGUAUAUCUUACAAAUGGAGGUAUAGCACAGAAUAAAACAUACAAAGGAAUAUUUUCAUCUAUAAAGACAAAUAAUCCCCGUUGUGAUCAAUUAUAUAUCUGUCUAAAACUCAUCUACUAUCUUGAUUGUUCCCUCCUAAACCAACUAUAAUCAUGAGUUUGUGUAAGAUAAAGUUUUGAAGUAAAGUGUUCAAAUAUUUUCAUAUAUUUUUUUCAGUAUAUGAAAAAGAAAAAAGUUUUAAGAAGAGUCUACUAAAUACCCAUGUAUCUAACACCCAAUAGUUUAACAGUUGAUCUGUUUUUAUUUCAUCUAUCAACCUAUCCAUUAAUGUAUAAUGUGUGUGUGUGUAAAAUUUGUGGGAGUUGGGUAUAUAUUCAAAUAUCCUAAUAGGUAAAGAUUGGAUUUAUAUUAUUCAUACUGUAUUUGUAUACUAAAAAUCCACCGGAUAAGACUAUGUUAAAUCUAUUGACGAUGCUUAUGUCUCUAUCCAGAAUAGGUUUCCUGAUAGACCUAGAUGGACAAACACAAUCUAACAGUGCUGAAUGAAUUCAUUCUGACCGGAGUCACAGACUGCCCAGAACUGCAGCCUCCAUUGUUUGGACUGUUCCUCAUCAUAUACAUGAUUUCAACGGUGGGCAACUUGGGCAUCAUCAUCCUCACCAAGAUGGACUCUAGUCUACAAACACCCAUGUACUUUUUUCUCAGACACCUGGCUAUCACUGAUCUUGGUUACUCAACAGCUGUGGGGCCCAAAAUGUUGGUAAAUUUUGUUGUGCAUGAAAAUACAAUCUCCUAUUAUUUUUGUGCUAUACAGCUAGCUACCUUUAUAUUGUUCAUGACUAGUGAACUAUUUAUUCUGUCAGCAAUGUCUUAUGACCGCUAUGUGGCCAUCUGUAACCCUCUGCUCUACACAGUCAUCAUGUCACAAAGGAUAUAUUGGGUGCUGGUGGUGAUUCCCUAUCUCUACAGCACAUUUGUUUCCCUUCUCCUCACCAUAAAGAUUUUUAAUUUAUCCUUCUGUGGCUACAAUAUCAUCAGGCAUUUCUACUGUGAUGCUCUCCCCUUGUUGUCUUUGCUCUGCUCAAACACACAUGAAAUCAAAUUGAUCAUUCUCAUCUUAGCAGUUUUUGAGUUAAUUUCAUCCUUCCUAAUAGUUCUUGUUUCUUACCUUCUCAUCCUUGCAGCCGUUUUCAAGAUGAAGUCAGCUGAGGGCAGGCACAAGGCCUUCUCCAUCUGUGGAUCCCACCUGACAGUGGUGGUAGUGUUCUAUGGGACUUUAAUCUUUAUAUACGUGCAGCCCAAGUCCAGUUCCUCCUUUGACACUGAUAAAAUGGCUUCCAUAUUUUACACGCUGAUUAUCCCCAUGUUGAAUCCCUUGAUCUAUAGUUUGAGGAAUAAAGAUGUAAAGUAUGCCUUACAUAGGACUUUGGGACAAUUAUGUAAUUUAUUUACUCAAAGUUCGCUCUACCAUAUGAUUCAUAUAAAUUACACUAUGGGCUUUAAACUGUCUUCUGUGUGCCUCCAGAGGGGAUAG